UUUCCAGAAUUUUAAACUACAAAUAGAUUGUGACAGUCUACAUAUUUCGUUCUACAGAUAUUUAUAACCACCACGAUUUCCAUCAAGUAUUAUCGUUGGCUUUUUUAUACAAGAGCAACUGUCGUAAGUCGCUGCCUUUCGAAAUUCGUUCAGAAAUAGUGUAAACUAGAUCAAAAGUAGGACAAGUCGAAAACAGUAACUGUUGUUGUUUGAACUAUCUACGAUUAGUGUUUAGUGUUAACCAAGUAGUUACUGUGCCGAUGGUGACAACAGUGAUAAAAUGAUAAUGUCCAUUCUUAUCAUUCUAACGCCGAAAAACAAGUAAACCGCGAUUUGAUUUUGUGUAUGAAGACAGUGCAUUACAUGUUUAAUGUUAUUGUUCUUUUGCCGGUUUCAAUUUUUUAUAAUUAGUUAUUUCCUAAUUGUUAUGCUUUUGUUAAAUUAAUUUCCCAUUUAAUUAAUUACAAAUUUUUGUACUUUUCUUCUCAGUCGGUUUUUGACCACUUCUUCAAGACUGAUUAUAAUUUGUUAUACUUCUAAGUAUUACAAUGAGUUCAGGAUUGGAAAGCUAUGUUAACCAUACUGUUUCUAUUAUAACGUCAGAUGGCAGAAACUUUGUGGGAACUCUUAAAGGCUUUGAUCAAACUAUAAAUAUAAUUUUAGAUGAUAGCCAUGAACGAGUAUACAGUCCAAAUCAAGGUGUUGAACAAAUUAUAUUGGGCUUACAUCUCAUUCGUGGUGACAAUGUUGCCAUAAUCGGUGAAGUAGAUGAAACAAUGGAUUCCUCAAUUGAUUUGAGUGCAAUCAGAGCAGAACCUAUUGGAUCAGUAGUAUUUUAAGACAUUUUAUAAUAUUAUAAAUAUUAAAUGCAUUGAUUUUAUUAUAUUAAGUAAUUGUUACUAUUAAAGCUAUGAUAGUAAUAUAAAUAUAAGGACAAAUAUUGUGUUUUUUAUUGAUUAAAAUAAUGUUUAUAUCAAAUAUUAUCUUCAUUAAUCACAUGUUCGAUGUAUAAAUUAUAAUAAAAAAUAAUGAAGAAUUAAAA